GUGGAGGCGCUGCUUCCGGUCACGUGGUUUUUCUCUGCCGAGCUUCCCGGCCACCCCAUGGAGGCCCAGGAAGCGGCGGCGGUGGGGAGUCCUUCGGGCAGGGAGCGAGGCGGAGCCGCAUGGUUCUCUGCGCCGGCCCGCCUGUGAAGCGAGCGCGCUCCUGUUGGCGAGCAGAGCAGGAGGCGCCCAGGGGCCACGCGCUCUAUAGUCAUCAUGGCAACAUCAUCUGAAGAAGUUCUAUUAAUAGUAAAGAAGGUGCGUCAAAAGAAACAAGAUGGGGCUCUUUACCUUAUGGCUGAAAGAAUAGCCUGGGCACCUGAGGGAAAAGACCGAUUCACAAUCAGCCAUUUGUAUGCAGAUAUAAAAUGUCAGAAAAUUAGUCCUGAAGGAAAAGCUAAAAUUCAGCUUCAGUUGGUACUCCAUGCAGGAGACACAACCAACUUCCAUUUUUCUAAUGAAAGUACAGCUGUAAAAGAGAGAGAUGCAGUGAAGGACCUUCUUCAGCAGUUGUUACCCAAGUUCAAGAGGAAAGCAAACAAAGAACUGGAAGAGAAAAACAGAAUGCUGCAAGAAGAUCCCGUUUUAUUUCAGCUUUAUAAAGAUCUUGUUGUGAGCCAGGUUAUCAGUGCUGAAGAAUUCUGGGCCAACCGUUUAAAUAUAAAUGCCACUGAUAAUUCUGUAACAUCUAAUAAGCAGGAUGUGGGCAUUUCUGCUGCUUUUCUGGCUGAUGUUCGACCUCAAACAGAUGGAUGCAAUGGGCUAAGAUAUAAUUUAACAUCAGAUAUAAUUGAAUCUAUAUUUAGGACUUAUCCUGCUGUAAAACUGAAAUAUGCGGAAAAUGUUCCUCACAAUAUGACGGAGAAAGAAUUCUGGACACGAUUCUUUCAAUCUCACUAUUUCCAUAGGGAUAGGCUGAAUGCAGGAUCAAAAGACCUUUUUGCAGAAUGUGCCAAAAUGGAUGAAAAAGGUUUGAAAAACAUGGUAUCUCAAGGAGUGAAAAAUCCUUUAUUAGAUUUAACAGCCUUGGAAGAUAAAUCAUUGGAUGAAGGUUAUGGUGUUUCCUCAGCACCUUCUACAUCGAGCUCUAGUAAAUCAAUCAAGGAGAAUAGCAAUGCUGCCAUUAUAAAACGCUUUAACCAUCACAGUGCCAUGGUUCUUGCAGCUGGGCUCCGAAAACCAGAAGCACACGGUGAUCAUAACAAUGAGGCCAUCAGUACUGAUGGAAGUUCCAAGGAUUUAUCUCAGCCACCAGUAAAAAAGGUAAAACUUCAAGAGUCUAUUGAAUAUGAAGACUUAGCAAGCACCGACAGCAUUAAAACGAUUGCACUAAACCUAAAGAAAUCAGAUAGGUAUUAUCAUGGUCCAACACCAAUUCAGUCUCAGCAAUAUGCAACUAGCCAAGAUAUUAUUAAUUCUUAUGAUAGUAUUCAAGGAGAGAUGGAAGGCUAUGUGUCCAAUUUAACUCAGGUUAUUUCAAGUGAGGAUGCAAGUAGUACUAUCACAGCCCUGUCACCUGGGGGAGCACUUAUGCAGGGUGGAAUACAGCAAGCCAUAAAUCAGAUGGUGCCAAAUGACAUUCAGUCUGAAUUAAAGCACUUGUAUGUGGCAGUUGGAGAACUGUUGCGACAUUUCUGGUCCUGCUUUCCUGUUAACACACCAUUCCUAGAAGAGAAGGUUAUGAAAAUGAAAAGUAAUUUGGAAAGAUUUCAAGUUACUAAACUCUGUCCAUUCCAAGACAAAAUUCGAAGACAGUAUUUAAGCACAAAUCUGAUAAGUCAUAUAGAAGAAAUGCUGCAAACAGCCUAUAAUAAAUUCCACACGUGGCAAUCCCGCCGUAUGCUGAAGAAAACAUGAAGGCCCAGUGAUGGCAAAGUUUCUGGGUGGGAAAACGUUUGCAAUAGCUGUAUGAACACAACUAACCAGUGUGUACAUAUUGCAGACAUUGCAUGGAAAGACAGCAUCAUGUGGACUCUUGAAAAUGAUGCUAACUGUACUUGCACACUUUCGGGAAAGGAACAGAGCUCUAACUUGAAAAUUAGGGAAUUAAAAGGAACCAAACCAGAGAAGAGUUAAGUGGCAUAUAUAUAUAUAUAUUUUAAAAAGACACUGUUUACUGCAGUUACUCAGGAACUGCUUUUGAUUUUCAUAAAGAGCUGCUUUCAGAAAUAAAAAACUUUUUUAAAAGGUGUAUUCAUAAAAUCCAGUAUCGUUUGUCUAGUUUUUUUAAGUGUGUGGCACAGGGUAAAACUUAUUUCUUUUUCACCUUAACCUGGCAUUUUAUUGGAUUCUGUUUGUACUUCUAGAAACAGGUUUAAAGUCUUAAUUACAACGGAGGCUUUUGCCUCAAAUUCCUAAACAGCUUAGAUACCAGAAGAUACAUUUCUGCCAUUUUCCCCUACAGGUCAGCAGCCAGUGCACUAAGAAAUGCUUGGUGCUCAAAGGUGACACUUCGCAGAGAGAGUGCACAGUUUUAUGCAGGAUUUUUACCAGCCAUUGUUUGCAUGUUUUCUUUGAGUGGGAAUGUGUGCUAUUGCAUUUUUUUUUACAUCUGAUACUUGUUUAGAGGUGGGGGUGUUUUUUAAAGUAAAUUUAAGAAGGUUACAAAAUUAAUAACUUUUUAUAACAUUAAGGAAAAACUAUCUUAAAUGUGCUCUUCUAAGCUUUCCUUAUGACUUAGCGCUAUAUCUGGCGACUAGAUAAUCACUGCAGAGUGAAUAGACAAGAUACUUGGAAUCUGUACCAACUCUGGUCUAAACAUGAGGUAAUUCACUCUUACAUAAGAUGUACCUGCCAUGUAUUAAAUACUUGACUUAUUAAAACAGAGUAAAUUUGUUUCAUAUA